AUGGAAAAUUUUUGUGGAUCCAUUAUCUUCGACUGUGCAUGGCUAGAGGUUGAAUCAGAACACGUUCCUGGUCGUAUUAUUUGUGAUUGCUGUCUGGGAAACUCAGUGCUGGAUUUGUUAUCCCUCGUGGUGGAUGCUGAAGGCAUAGGCGCCCUGAGGUUUCUGCGCUUCGUCCCUUCAAGCGUCAGCUUGCCGACGCUGCCAACGACGCCGGCCGCUUACUUGCCCGGCCCAAAACAUCGCGUCCCCAAA